AUGUGUGGGUAUUACUACUUUUAUCAAGGACUCCGAGUGACGAUUGAAUGUAAGGGGGAGAAAGGGCAUUUUGUUACAAAAGGUUCUGGAAACAUUGAUGAGGAAGGAAAGUUCGGUCUGAAAGUUCUUCCUCAUGACAUUAUCUCUGACGACGGAGCCUUAAAGGAGGAGUGUUAUGCCCAGCUUCACAGUGCGGCGGGAGCACCUUGUCCGGCUCACGACGGCCUUGAGUCAAACAAGAUCGUGUUUCUAUACACAUCCGGAGACAAACACGUUUUGGGCCUCAAACAAAACCUGAGGUUUACACCUGAACUUUGUGUUUCCAAAUUCUUUUGGCCUAUGCCUAAGUUCCCUCCUGUUAAGGGAUUUGAACAUCAUUUCCCUUUACCUCCACCGUUUCCUAAAUUCAAGAAACCUUGCCCACCUCCCCCUGAGGAGGUUCCACCACCACCAAAGGUAGAGCUUCCGCCACCUGUCCCGGUUCACGAUCCACCCCCGAAGGUGGAGCUUCCACCACCGGCUCCUAAGAAGCCUUGUCCUCCUAAAUCGCCGAAGAUAGAGCACCCACCUCCUGUUCCCGUUUACAAGCCGCCACCAAAGAUAGAGCAUUCACCUCCUAAGAAGCCAUGCCCACCGCCGGUUCACGUUCACAAGCCGCCACCGAAGAAGGCAUGCCCCCCAAAGAUCGAGCUUCCACCACCAGUCCCGAUCUACAAGCCGCCGCCGAAGAUAGAGCAUCCACCAAUCUACGUGCCACCGGUGGUGAUUCCGAAGAAGCCGUGUCCACCACUUCCAAAGUUUCCACAUCUUCCUCCUAAAUACAUUCACCAUCCCAAGUUCGGCAAAUGGCCUCCCUUGCCAACACACCCUUGA